CUGUGAAUAUUCACUACUCUUUUUCUACAAUGAAGUUGGAUAGCAUUCUAGGAUAUCUGGAGAGCAAGACCAUCUUAGUUACUGGAGCCACUGGCUUACUAGGAAUGGUAUUUGUGGAGAAGAUACUAAGGGUUCAACCAAAUAUUGGAAAGCUCUACCUUCUUAUAAGAGCUUCUGAUGCCAACUCUGCCACAUAUCGCAUGCGCAAUGAGAUUAUAGAGAAAGAGUUAUUUAGGGUUCUUAGAGAAAAAUGGGGCACAGAUUUUGAAUCGUUUAUUUCAAAAAAAGUAGUUGCUAUUCCGGGAGACGUAGCUUCUGCAGAACUAGGAGUGAAAGGAUUUGAAUUGAGGGAACGUAUGUGCAAUGAAAUACAAAUUAUACUUCAUUCUGCAGCAACCGUGGAUUUUAAUGACAGGUAA